CGAGGUGAGUCCAGCCGGGGUCGUCGCGACCCUGCAGCUUGGCGAUCUAGCGUUCGGCCUGCCGCGUGCGCCACAGCUCCCUCUCACUUCGAGCCAACACCGCGCGACGUGGCUCAUCACUGUGGAAGCUUCGCGCGCUAGGCGAGCCUCGGUGAAAGUAGUAAAGGGACAUGUAAGAGUAGCGACUCUUUUUACCUCUUGGCUUUGACGCUCUUUAUAGCUCCCUUCUUAUGAGUACAAACUUUCCACAUCAUCGUUCAGCAGCGCCACUCUAUCUUUCACGCGACCUGCUCACACGUGUCUGGCUGUAGACCAGUAAUACACAAUGUGGCCAGCAGUACCCGCAUUCAGAAGCUUUGGCAACAUCGCGUGCCCUGCGGGUACCAAGUGUGAGCUCCCCUACUGCAUCUUCAGCCAUGAUGCUGUCAAACAAGAGACCACGCCGUCCAACGUGGUCGCCCGUAAUGCAUUUGCAAACGAGCCAGCCGCGAAGCGACAGAAGCUCAGCGAUACCCAGGACGAUACUCCAAGUGUAACACCAAGGGCAGUCUUUACUGGCUUGUCAGCGAGCAAAGAUAAGGCCGUUGUAUCAAGCAAGGGCUCAGAAUGUGCUCCAAAAGCAUCAUCAAAGCCGACAAAUGAUAAGAGUGACGCCGACGCUCUACCACAGUCGGCGACACGGCCAGUAUCACCGCCGCCAAAGGCAUCUGUGGCAGCAGCUACUCCCGCAUCUGCAGGUCCAGUUGCGUUGAUGCCACGCAAAUUAGUAAAGGAGCCAGCCAUCUUCACCCGGCGACUGACACUGUUGAAGAUGCUGCAUAGCUUCAUGAAGCCGCUGAACGACAAGAUUGCAAAGGCUGUGAAGGCCGAGAUCAAGGCAGUACAUAUGGACCCGAAUCAACUCAACAAGCUAGCGGUGGACGAAGAAGAGCGGAUCGCCAAAGCGAACCCCGCAGUCUACGAAAACGUGCUGAAGCAACGACUGUUCAAACUGAAGAAGAUGACACCAGAGGAGUGGGUCAAAGAAAGGUUUGAGGCAAGGGCAAAAGAGCGUGGACUGCCUCCAAAGAAGCCCCCGCCGAAGAGAGUUGACACUGGUCUCACGCCGAAGCAAGAAGUCGUUUUCCUUUCUACUCUGAUAUGCCCACAAGACGGCUUGGACGCACAUGGCUAUGUCACAACGCUGCCCACGACAGAGGAAUUGAACGAAGCCAGAUCAGCACAGGCCUCAGCAGAUUUCUGGGAGGUAUGUGAUCGUUGUAACACUCGCUUCCAAGUUUUCCCUGAGCGCAGGGAGGAAGAUGGUGCACUCACUACGGGUGGGCAGUGCACUCACCACUGGGGCAAGCGUAUAUAUCCGAAAAGGUCGAAGAACGCUGGCCCGGAGCCUACGACUUUCUCCUGCUGUAACGAACCUGUAGGCUCACCAGGCUGCACUUCAUACGAGACUCAUGUUUACAAGAUAUCGGGUCCGAAGCGUCUAUCACUAGUCAUGCCAUUCAUCGAGACCUCGGUGAAUGACCUGGCACCGACAGAUAUUGCAGUCUGCUUCGACUGCGAGAUGGGGUACACAACUCACGGCCUCGAGCUUAUGCGACUCACAGCCAUCUCCUGGCCACACCACAAGCCACUAGUCGAUGUGCUUGUUCGCCCGAUCGGCCAUCUCCUAGAUGUGAACACACGAUUCUCUGGUAUCACGACAGAGCAAUUCCUCAACGCGAAACCUUACGAUCCAGCGGACCCUAAGCCCAAGCGAAAUGAUCUUCGUAUUGUAGAGUCGCCUUACGCAGCAAGGGAUUUGUUCCUCGCUCACGUCACAACCACCACACCCGUACUCGGCCAUGCGCUUGAGAACGAUCUCAAUACCCUCAGAGUCAUCCAUCCAAACAUCAUCGAUACUGUGCUACUCUUCCCGCAUAGACGAGGUCUACCUCUUCGCCAUGGCCUGCGCGCUCUUGCUAAGGAAAAGCUCGACCUUGAUAUCCAGCAAGGCGGUGCUGCCGGGCACGACAGUUUUGAAGAUGCAAAGACGACUGGCGAGUUAAUCCGCUUCAAGGUAGCUGAGAAGUGGAGGCAGCUGAAGCACGAUGGCUGGGAGGUUCGGGACAGUGGUGUCUACCCACCGAUGCCACCUGGCACACCACCGCCUCAGAUGCUUCCUGCGCCACCAAUGAUGCCACUGGCUCCGAUGAUGGCGCCGGACGGCAAUUCAGGCCUGAAAAGGAAGUUGGAAAAGGAAGACGGAGCAGCCGUUGAAGACGAACCUUUGGCGAAGAAGCAAGCGUAAAUCUUGAUCUCUCCGCAGCCAACUCGGUGGAUCCACCGAAAGCAGCUCAGCGCUACUCUACUGGAGGCGCAACCUAGCAUUGAAAUCUGUAGCAUAGCAUGCCUAACUCUGGGUAUCUUCUGCCUCUCUGGGGCCGACCUAUAUGCCCUCACGCCUCAUUGUGCAUUGCCUCCUCCUGUUGCCCAUAGCCUCACGUCCAGCCGGUACAUCCUCAGCCAGACCUAGGAAAAUAUUGUUCCAUUUUCAUCCUAUGACUCCGGUCACGAGCCAAGUCUCCUCACUCUUCACCCUCGUCCUUCCUGUCCAUUGACAACUAAGCCCUGCACGCCCUCCAAAAGCCGUUCACAGCUACACGCAGCAUGCGGUUUGUCGUCGCAG